GAGCCGGGCGGCGGGCGCGGAGCUCGGGCGGGAGCAGCAGCGGGAGCAGGCAACGACGCGCGGCGUCGGUAGCGCUCGGCUCUGGCGCGGCGUCUCCUCCACCCCCUCGUGAGCCUGGGGAACCUGCAGCUUAAAGCCGCUGCCAGCCACACCACCAUGUACCCCGGCAACAAGCGGAAAAAGCUUUGGCGAGAGGAGAAAGAGCGCCUGCUGAAGAUGACCUUGGAAGAAAGACGCAAAGAGUACUUGAGGGAAUAUGUUGCACUGAAAAGUAUUCCAACAUGGAUGGAAGACUUAAAAAGUAAGAGUGAAGGUGAUGGUGAAACUGCCAAAGAAGAUCUGCAAGGGAAGAAAAGUCUGAGUGAGAAAGUUUCUCUCUACAGAGGUGACAUUACACUGCUUGAGGUCGAUGCCAUCGUUAAUGCUGCUAAUUCCACCCUUCUCGGAGGUGGAGGAGUGGAUGGCUGCAUACACAGAGCUGCUGGGCCCUGCUUAGUUGCUGAAUGCCGCAACCUGAGUGGCUGUGAGACUGGACAAGCCAAAAUCACGUGUGGAUAUGACCUACCUGCAAAAUAUGUGAUCCAUACUGUUGGGCCAAUCGCAAGAGGCUAUCUCACUGAUGAUCAUAAAGAAAACUUGGCAAGUUGCUAUAAAUCCUCUCUGAAACUGGCAAAAGAAAACAACAUCAGAUCAAUUGCGUUUCCCUGUAUUUCAACAGGAAUUUAUGGUUUUCCAAAUGAGCCUGCUGCUGUCAUUGCCCUUAACACUAUUAAGGAAUGGUUAAGCAAGAAUCACAACGAGGUGGAUCGGAUCAUCUUCUGCGUCUUUUUGGAGGUUGACUACAAGAUUUUCAAGAAGAAAAUGGGCGAGUUUUUCCCUCUAGAUGAUGCUAAUGAAGAUGGGACUAAGCUGAAUGAAGAGACAGGAUUGGAACCAAAAGGCCAGCCUCUAUCUCCCACAAAGAGCAAAGCAGAGCAGCCUGAGGACCUGCAAGAUGAUGCUAAAGGUGGUAACAGCACAGAGGAGAAGCAAAACACCGAAGAAAUGGAGGCCCAGAGUGGAAAAGCAGAGGAGACGAAACCUUCAGCUGUAGCCAGCCUAUCAUCAUCAGAAGAAAUAGAGCUGAGCGAGGAUAAAGACUCCCUCAAAGACUCCAAAGGCACACAGGAGAAUGACCCAGCAUAUCCCAUGGGGUGCGAUCAAGAUCAGGCCAAAGGACAACAGGAUGAUUUAGCAGAGGAGGCGAUGAAAACUGGGACAGAUUCCCAAACCUCCUGCAUGGAAAUAGAAGAACCAUUGUUGAACCAAGAAGAAACAACAGAAGUCGAGAUGCCUUUGAUUCAUGGUGCAGAGGAAAAAGAAGAAGGAGGAAAAGAAGAAGGAGGAGGAGAAGGGAUGCAAGAGAAAGAGGAAACAUCUGCAGAGCCUAUGAAAGUUGACCUCGCAUGUGAAGCAGCAGACGUUUCAAAUAAGGAUGCUGAAAUGAAUAGUCAAGUUGAAAGUAUAAAUGAUCCUAAGGAAACAGAGAGGGAAGCUUAAGUAACAGGAAGGAUGCAGGAGGGGAGAUACCCGAAGAAACCCGACGGGCAGGCGCUGACAUCCUACGGCAUCAUUCUUGGCAGAAAAGAGCACGCAGAGAUGCUCCACGGGUUGGGAGGGAGGGAGCUUUGGGGGAAUGACUCUUUGCUUUAAUUUCUCUUUGUUCUUCAUUGCAUUUCGUUCUGUAAGCCUGUUAGAAAGAAACACGAGUUCCGAGUUCUAACAAUGUUUUGCAAUUAUCCUUGCAAUUACAACAGUUUCUUCUGAACUGUGGUCCCUGUCUUAUAUUGGGUCUCUUUUCCUCCUGCAUUGUAUCAUGAGUAGCCUGUUUCCAGGCCCACCCCUUUUCUAGCAUCUCUAUCUUGUUUCCCAGUUGCAGUACUGUCUGCAGGCAACCUCUAGGAGCCAGCUUUCUCCUUCCCCUGCUUCCUUUUUUUCUAACUCUUCCUUAGGAUAUAAAUGGAAAUCUUCGAGAACAUGAGCUGCCACAAAGGAUUAUAAUCUGCACACACUGAUAAACAACCACCCUCCUUGUGCUAGAGAUUUGAAACAGUAGAUGCUCCAGAAUCUCAGAGAUAUUGAUACAGACAGCCCUGCACGUUGCCCACCUCCAGGCUUGUCAAUGGGCAGCUCCUGGCGGCACCAGACAGCAGGUCACCAUGUCCAAACCCUCGCUGCUAGAAGAGGCACUGGCCGGAUUCCCUUGAGUCUGUGCUAGAAGCAGUUUGCACAUUAACUCAAUCAUCCCAAUGCCUCAGGAUCGCCUGUGGCACUGUCCUUUCCCUUUCCUCUGGCAUGAGAAAGCUAAACUAUGACCAGCCUGCACUGUGCCGUCUCCUUCUGUGGGUCCUACACAUGAAUAACUCAAUGGGCCUCGAGCAAAUCUUUCCUGCUCUUUCCCAUAAAAUCAGUGCUGAAAGAUGAGCUGUAGGUAUGGGUAGGCAACAGACACCUCCUCAAUCCUGCAAGCGACAGAGGAUAACAGGCAUUCUGCAUUCAAGGCGUCUUUAAAUACAGCUCCUGGCUUUAACAACUUCACACCGUAUCUUGUGUGAGCCCUCAUUAUAUCUUCUACUGCAUAUGCAUGAUCUCUUCCUUUUUUUUAAUUUUUACAAAAAAGCAAUUAGCAGCUAUUUUGUCUCACCAUAUGUCAAUUGUUCUGCCAGCAAAUGCUGCGCUGAGAGUUUUAGAAAAGGAACAAAAGGGUUUCACAUACAUUUCCCAACCAUGCUGUAACCAAAACCGAUAGACAGUACACUCUGUGGAAGAGCACACAACCCGUGUCCAGGUUGUUUUAAAAUGCGGCUGAUAAUUUGAUCAUUACAUAAGGAAUUUAAUCAAUUAUGUCCUUUUUUUCCCAAAAAUAUGCAUGAAACCCAAAAUAGGUGGUUACUACCUGCCCAAAACAAAAAAAAAGGGGGAAGGGAAGUGAAAACCAAGGUAAUAUGUAGCUCUGUCCUCCUGUGAUUUGGGUUUAUCCCAGCUAGAUUUGGUGAUAAAUUAUGUUCUGGUGUAACAGCAAGUCAAAUAUGGCCAUAAUGCACCUAGUACUGGCUACAGCAGUUGGUGGCUCACAUCAGCAGCAGGUUAGUUAGAAAGGGUGUCAUGACAAACAAGGAUUAGAAAGGGAAGCAAGAAAAGCCCCAGAUUUCACUUGGAGACCACAGCCCCUAAAAAGGCAGCCCCCUGCUUCCUUAUGUGUAGCUCCACCAUGUUUGCUUGUGGUGGGAUCAGAAGAAUAUUUCUGUGUGCCCAGGUGGUACUUGUGCUACAGAAGAUCUUGAGGAGCUUCAUCAUCAUGUAUCUGUCCUGGAGAUGAGUGAAUGUAUAACUCUGAAUUGGAUUGACUGUGGAAGGAGUAAAUGAGCUGGUGUAAAAUCCUAUAAAUUGGAUUUAUAAUAUUGCUAAGUUUACAUAAAUUUGCUAAAUGCUACUCCUCUGGCCCUUGUCCUCCUCAGGUGGGAGACCUUACAGGUAGUACAUCUACAUGGGUGCAUCCCAUAUGUUCCUGUGUAUUUUCCACAGUGGUUAACUUUGACUGAAACAGCCUGUCCUAAUGUGUGGGGCAGGAGUGGAUAAAUACCUCAGGAGGAAGGGGAGUAAAUGCACUGAGCAUCUGUCCUCUCAAUUCCCAUUUUGUGCAAUGGAAAGACCAGGACUGCAGGGCUCCCUCUAUGUAGGUAAGUGAGAGAAUUAAGCCUGCAGGGUGGGGAAUGAACUGGGCAAGCUCAACUUUGAGCUGUGUGAAAUGUUGAGGAGAUCCAAGGCAGAUAGAUCAUCAGGUGCAUCACAUCAGACACUAAUCCCUGACAGUAACUUCAUUACACUUGGUCCUCAAACAGCAGUGAGUCUUUGAAACCAUGAACCAAGGAUGGAGCAGCAAAGCAUGAAGCCCAGGUAGGAAAGUGUAAAGCAAGCAAACAUAGGAGUUGAUGAAGUCCUUACAGGACAAUUUGCAGCUGUGUCUCUAGGGUUUGUCUCUUUGGGUGUGUUUUGCUUUGAGAUGUGGGGUGUUUUCACUAGUCAUAAAGUGAGUGUAGUUUGGCAGCAUGAGUUCUUCAGCUCAGUCAGUAGUUGGGGCUGGAGCUGUGCUCCUCGAUGCAGUCUCCACCAUUCUUGCUGGAGCUGCAGAGGUGCAGGGAGAUGAUUUUAUGGAAGAGCAAAAUUCACAUCAAAUCACCCCACAGGGAGUUAUGCCAAGGAUUUUGGUUUAAACCCAAACUGCAGUUGCAGUUGGUGGCGUAAAGGAACUAGCAGCCCUUUGGUGCUGAUGUUUGCAUACAGAGUAUCAGGCUCUACUUGAUGGUUGUUUCGUACUCAUCCCUACCAUUAGGCACAAUAUUCCUCAGGCUGUGACUGCUGCAGUGACGAAUGGGUUUCCUUCCACACAGACAUCCAAAGGGGAUGUUUGAGAGAGUCUGUAAUAACAGGUCACACGUUUGCUGCAACUAAUUGUCAAUCUUUCUCUAAAGCACUGAGAAAGCCUCUCUGUGAAUUAACACUGUUCUGCUUUAGGCACUUGAAUAAAAAUAUAAUUAAAACAACAACAACAACAAAGACUUUUCUCUAUAUGCAGUGCAUGCUGGCUUUGCUUUUGGAAUUACAAACUUAGCAGAGUAUGCAGAUCUAUUUUCUUGGGAAUAAGGGUUUUUUUUUCAUAGGGUUCAUCCAGGAUCUGCCUUACCCUGACAUUUGUGAUACAAAGGAACAUUUUAAGAAAAUAAUAAUAAAAAGAAAGUAAUUUUAUUGAUCCAAAAGUAUGUUUUUACUUCAGUGCAAAGAAGUGUCGACUGUUGCUUGCAAAAUGUCUUCUAAUAGAUGGUCUAGCACCUCUAUCAAUUAACACAUGCCUCUUCUGUUACUCUCCCACUCACAUGCUCAUUUUGCCUCUAAGUCUUAUUUUUCCUUUGUCUGUGCCACGUAUUGGAGAACUUAAAGAACUGAUGCCUUCAUACUAUGAUGUUUGUUAAAGUGAAACAUUAAUAAAGCUUGUCCUGAAGCCAA